GCGUGUGUCUUAAUGAAGAGGAGCUCUCAGAGAUACCGACCGGCUGCUUCCUCUCCAUCCCCAACACUUGAGCGAAUAAAAGAAAAGCAACUAAUAACAUCUAUCAGCACGGCGGUAACGCCAUUAAAAGCCUGCACCUCAGUGUGCGCCGCUAUUCUUGCCGGCGCUUGUCAUCGUGAUGGCAUUACGGGCAAAAUUAGAGCAAUUUGUGCGACAUGAAGAGUGUCUGUGAUAAUGGAGUCAGUUUGAGUGGCAGAUGCCCUGGCAGCUGCUUCCACUAAUGGAGAACUCAUCACAACUUCCUCAUGAGAGUGCCCAGUCGUCCCGUGUGAGACCCAGAGUCCUUUGCAUUCGGCCGGGGUCAGAGGUCAGACGUGCGAUGAUGCCCCGUGAGGUUGUGACCCUCGUGCCCUUCCUGCUGCCCCUCAGCGCCGUGCUGCUGUCGCCUCUACUGACCAGCGCUAACGCCUUAUCUCUGCCCACCUUCACUAAGGUGCCCAUGGAUCUGAUUGGCGUGUCGGGGGGCGCUGUGUCGUUUGUGUGCCAGGCCUCCGGAGACCCCAAACCCAAAGUCACCUGGAACAAGAAGGGGAAGAGGGUGAACUCACCACGCGUGGAGAGUAUUGAGUUUGACGAGGGUGCGGGCGCUGUGUUGCGUAUCCAGCCGUUGCGUGCCCCGCGUGACGAGAACAUCUACGAGUGUGUAGCCGAGAACACCGUCGGGGAGAUCACCACCUCCGCCAAGCUGUCAAUCAUCCGAGAGGACCUGCUCCCAGGGGGGUUCCCUAAGAUAGACAUGGGUCCGCAGCUGAAGGUGGUGGAGCGCACUCGGACGGCCACCAUGCUGUGUGCAGCCAGCGGCACGCCCGACCCCGAGAUCAGCUGGUUCAAGGACCUGCUGCCCAUCGACCCCAGCGCCAGCAACGGACGCAUCAAACAGCUACGAUCAGGUGCCCUGCAGAUAGAGAACAGUGAGGAGACGGACCAGGGGAAGUACGAGUGUGUGGCGUCUAACGUGGAGGGCGUGCGCUUCUCCUCUCCUGCCAACCUGUAUGUGCGAGUUCGCCGCGUGCCCCCUCGUUUCUCCAUCCUGCCCACCAACCACGAGAUCAUGCCCGGAGGCAGCGUCAACAUCACGUGUGUGGCGGUGGGCUCUCCGAUGCCCUACGUCAAGUGGAUGCUGAACGCCGAGGACCUGACGCCCGAGGACGAGAUGCCCGUGGGCAGGAACGUGUUGGCGCUGGACGGCAUCCAGGAGUCCGCCAACUACACCUGCGUCGCCAUGAGCAGCCUGGGCAUCAUCGAGGCCGUGGCACAGAUCACCGUCAAGUCCCUGCCCAGACCUCCCGGCACCCCCCUGGUAACGGAAACCACGGCGACCAGCAUCACCAUCACGUGGGACAGCGGCAACCCGGAGCCGGUGCUGCACUACAUCAUCCAGUACCGCGGCAAGACGGCCGACAGCAAGUACGAGACGGUGGACAGCAUCACCACCACGCGCUACAGCAUCGGCGGCCUCUCGCCCAACACCGACUACGAGAUCCGCGUCUCCGCCUUCAACACCAUCGGUCAGGGGCCGCCCAGCGAGCCCGUGGAGGCCCGGACGGGCGAACAGGCCCCCGCUAGCCCGCCGCGCAACGUCCAGGCCCGCAUCAUCUCCGCAAACACGGUGGUGGUGCGCUGGGACGAGCCCGAGGAGCCCAACGGUCAGAUCAAGGGCUACCGCGUCUACUACACCAUGGACGACAGCCAGCCGCUCAACCAGUGGCAGAUCCACAACGUGCAGGACAGCGUGCUGACCACCAUCCAGAGCCUGGUGUCCAGCGAGACCUACAGCAUCCGCGUGCUGGCUUUCACCUCCGUAGGGGACGGGCCGCCCUCAGACCCCAUACAGGUCAAGAUGGUGCUCGGGGUUCCCGGGCAACCAGAGAAGUUCCAGGUGGGGUCAGUGUCGGACACCAGCAUCCAGCUCACCUGGGAGGCAGCGGGCAGCCUCAACUACGAGCUGCGCUACAGAGAGGGGGCCAAAGGCAGUGAGGUGACUAAGAAGUUCGGGGCGUCCUCGUCCUACGUGGUGGAGGGUCUGAAGCCCAACACAGAGUACCUGUUCUCCCUGGCGGCCAUCUCCAAAUGGGGCAUCGGCGCCUUCACCAGCGAGAUCUCCCAAAAGACCUCCCAAGCCAAGCCCUCUGCCCCUCCACAAGAGGUGAAGUGCUCCAGCUCCAGCUCCACCUCUCUGCUGGUAAGUUGGAUGCCCCCGGUGGCCGAGAGCCAGAAUGGCGAGCUGACGGGGUACGUAGUGCGCCACCUGGUGGUGGCCCCGGCGGAGGUGGCGGGGGCCGCGGAGGAGCCCAAGGAGACGGACGCGGCCGCUAGUGACCAGCAGGUGGUGCUGCAGGGCCUGGACAAGUGGACCCAGUACAGCGUCAGUGCCGCCGCCGCCACGGCCAAGGGCCCAGGACCCUUCAGCCAGCCGCUCGUCUGCCGCACCGACGAGGAUGUGCCGGGCGGCCCUCCUCGGCGUGUGGAGGUGGAGGUGCUGAACUCGACGGCCAUCAAGGUGACGUGGCGCUCGCUGCAACCGGGCCGACAGCACGGUCAGAUCCGCGGCUACCAGGUGCACUACGUGCGCAUGGAGAACGGAGAGUCCCGCGGCCUGCCCCUCAUCAAGGACGUCAUGCUGGCCGACGCACAGGAGAUGAUCAUCGGUGGUCUCCAGCCCAACACCACGUUCUCCGUUACUGUGGCAGCGUACACCACCAAAGGGGACGGGGCGCGCAGCAAGGCCAAGAUCGUGGCCACCAAAGGAGCAGUGCCCGGGCCCCCAUCCCUGAGUGUGUGGCAGGAGACGGCGAGCUCGGCCCUGGUGCGCUGGCAGCCUCCCGCUCCUCUGGCCGCAGGUGUGGAGCUGCAGGGCUACCGGCUGCAGUUCGGCCGCCGGGACGUGAGUCCGCUGGCCACGCUGGAGUUCAGCGCGCGCGAGACCGAGUACACGGUCACUAGCGUCCACCGCGGGGCCACGUACCUCUUCCGCCUGUCCGCCAAGAGCCGCGGGGGGUUCGGCGAGGAGGCCGUGCAGGAGCUGUCGGUGCCCGAGGAGGUGCCCCGCGGCUACCCCCAGAUCGCCCACGACGCCAACGUCACCUGCUGCUCCGUGCAGCUGUCCUGGGCGCCGCCCGUGUUGGCCGAGCGCAACGGCGCCAUCACCGAGUACACGCUGGCGUACCAGGAGGCGGACGCCAGCGCCAACGCUGCCCGCGAGCUCUCGCUGCCCGCUACCCUGUCCAGCCACACGCUCAGCGGCCUCAGGCCCAACGCCGCCUACGACGUGAAAAUGCGCGCGCACACGCGCGUAGGUGCGGGCCCGUACAGCCCCCCGGUCCAGUACCGCACGACCGCCCUCGGAUCAGACGUCCCCAGGAACUUCACUGCCAAGUUCGUCACCAAGACGACAGUGCUGCUGACCUGGAAGUUCUCUGAGAGUCGUCUGCCGUACCGCUGCAUGAUCGAGUACAACCGUCAGAAGAUGGACGUGGACGCUCGUCAGAUGAAGACGCAGGUUGGGGGUCUGCAGCCCAACAGCAGCUAUGAGUUCCGCAUGCUGUGUGUGGACAGUGGAGAGGGCGCCCCUACUCACCGGGUCCUCACGCGCACCGCGCCGCACAUCAGCAUCAAGAGACCAGAGCUGGACCUGGAGAGAGAGCCCCACACCACACUCACCAUCAGCAUCCCACCACUGGACACCGCCAAGGACCUCAUCAAGAAUGUGUAUGUAGUGGUGGUGCCCAUGAAGAAAAGCAAAUCACCCCCGGCAACGCCUGAUGACGUCGACCUGGAUGAGCUGCUGAAGGAGGCGGGCGUGGGGACGCGUCACUCGCGGCAACUGCAGGUGUCAGACUCCAGGAGGCCGUACAUCGCCGCCAGCUUCCGCCCGUCCAGCCUGCCACCCACCUUCACCCUGGGCAACGAGCUCAUGUUCCGCGGCUACGAGAACCGCCUGCUGCUGCCCGGACAGGAGUACCGCGUGUUCCUGCUGGCGGAACUCAACACCACCAGCGGAAGGAUGUUUGUGACGAGCCCGUUCACAGAGGCGGUGACGGUGGCGGAGGUGAACACUCAGCCGGUGGAGUCGGGAGGAGACGGUCUGAUCUGGGUCGUGGGGCCCGUCCUCGCCGUCGUCUUCAUCAUCUGCAUCGUCAUCGCCAUCCUGCUCUACAAGAACAGUAAGCGUAAGGAGUCUGAGCCCCGGACCAAGUGUCUGCUCAACAACGCUGACAUCAUGCCGCACCACCCUACCGACCCCGUAGAGAUGAGACGCAUCAACUUCCAAACGCCAGAUUCUGGUCUCAGCAGCCCGCUAAGUGAAGGAGGUUUUGACUGUGAAAGUAUGAUGAGCCACCCUCCCAUUCCCAUCUCAGAGCUGGCUGAACACACGGAGCUGCUGAAGGCCAACGACAACCUGAAGCUCUCCCAGGAGUACGAGUCCAUCGAUCCAGGCCAGCAGUUUACAUGGGAACAUUCCAAUCUGGAGGUGAACAAGCCCAAGAACCGCUACGCUAACGUCAUCGCCUACGACCACUCCCGCGUCAUCCUGGCUCCUAUAGAAGGUAUCACAGGCAGUGACUACAUCAAUGCCAACUACAUUGACGGCUACCGUAAGCAGAACGCGUACAUCGCGACGCAGGGUCCACUCCCGGAGACCUUCGGCGACUUCUGGAGGAUGGUGUGGGAGCAGCGCUCUGCUACCGUGGUGAUGAUGACACGCCUGGAGGAGAAGUCACGGUCACAGUUAGAGUGGGAGCUGAAGUGGGACUAA